UUUAAUUGGGUCUUCCACGUUUCAACAUUCUAGCAAUGUCCAGAGAGAUUUCCAGCUUUGGGUUCGUCUCCAAAAACGCAAACGAGAACGAGUUCGAGACCUCCUCGAGUUCAGCUCAUUUCCCUCCUCCCAGAACCCCGCUGAACUCAAUCCCAGAUCCAUCUCAAUACCAGAAAGAAUCCCGGAAUCAAUAUGAACACGAUGUUGUCGAUUCCAGGGACAAAUCGGAUACCACCAGAGCACUUCUUAGAACCCCCAAGCUUACGACUCUCCGUGGGAAGCUGCAUUCAGAGUCUAACUCCGCUCAGAAUACUCCAGCAAGGGCUACUCAUCGGUUUUCGCUCGGUGGCGCCGGAGCUGGACCUUGUGUUGCAGGUAAAGCUAGUCAACUUCUGGGAGGAAGAAGUGGAUUGAGCUCCACUUCAUCUUUAAAGGUUCAGAGAGGGGUUUCGAUGACCGAUGAUUCUAGUCUCUCGGUUGAAGCUCCGCAUUUCGAGCUCAUCGAGGAUCCUUCCUUUUGGAGAGAUCGCAAUGUGCAGGUGUUGAUAAGGAUUCGGCCACUGAGUACGACGGAGAUGGUUUCACAAGGGUACGGCCGGUGUUUGAAGCAAGAGAGUGCACAGACUUUACUGUGGCUUGGACAUGCCGAGACCAGAUUUACCUUUGACCAUGUAGCUUGCGAGACCAUAUCGCAGGAAAAGCUUUUCAGAGUAGUUGGAUUACCCAUGGUGGAGAACUGCAUGUCUGGGUAUAAUAGCUGUAUGUUCGCUUAUGGUCAGACUGGUAGCGGCAAAACGUAUACUAUGAUGGGUGACAUUUAUGAGGUGGAAGGUCAGCUCAGUGAAGAUUGUGGACUAGCACCCCGUAUAUUUGAAUAUUUAUUUUCGAGGAUUAGAAUGGAAGAAGAGAGCAGGAAGGAAGAGAAGUUGAGAUUCAGUUGUAAAUGUUCCUUUCUAGAAAUAUAUAAUGAGCAAAUAACGGAUCUUCUGGACCCCUCAUCAACUAAUAUGCAACUCAGAGAAGACUUGAAGAAAGGUGUAUAUGUGGAAAAUCUUAUGGAGUAUAAUGUGCGGAAUGUUGAUGAUGUUCUCAAGCUUCUGUUGCAGGGUGCUUCAAACAGAAGAAUGGCAGCAACCAACAUGAACAUUGAGAGCAGCCGAUCCCAUAGUGUUUUCACUUGUAUCAUUGAAAGCCAUUGGGAAAAGGACUCUAUGACUCACUUCAGAUUUGCAAGGUUAAAUUUAGUGGAUUUAGCGGGUUCUGAAAGGCAGAAGAGCUCGGGUGCAGAAGGAGAUCGUCUGAAAGAAGCAGCAAACAUAAACAAAUCUUUGUCAACUCUUGGCCUUGUAAUAAUGUCUUUGGUGGAUAUGGCACAUGGAAAACAUAGACAUGUUCCGUACAGAGAUUCUCGGCUGACAUUUCUGCUUCAGGAUUCCCUAGGCGGAAACUCAAAAACCACAAUAAUUGCAAAUGUCAGCCCAUCAAUUUGUGCUGCAAAUGAAACUCUAAGCACACUGAAGUUUGGUCAGCGUGCUAAACUUAUUCAAAAUAAUGCUAAAGUGAAUGAAGAUGCUUCAGGUGAUGUUAAUGCACUACAGCGACAAAUCGAACAAUUAAAGAGCCAACUGUCCUCAUUGUUGAAGCAUCAUAAUUUCCCAGAAUCUCCAAACAGCCUUGUGCCAAGCUGUGAAGAACUGAGCAAGGGAGACUACUCAAGAAAAAAUGAAUACACUGGUGAAGUGGUUGCAGAUUGUAGGAUACAAAACAUCAGCAAUACCAAGAUGCGACUCAUGGAGGCUACUUUGGCUGGUUCCUUAAGGAGAGAAAAGAUGGCAGAAACUGCAACCCUGAAAUUAGAGGCAGAAAUUGAGCAAAUGAAACACUUGGUUUGCCAAAAGGAAGAAGAUGUUCAACGUACUAAAAUGAUGCUUAGGUUUCGGGAGGAGAAGAUAAAAAAUUAUGAAUUGUUGUCAACUGGCCUAAUAUCAACUGAGGAGUACCUCAUGGAGGAAAACCAAGCUUUGAAGGCAGAAAUUGAAUUGCUUCGGACAAAGAUUGACAGAAAUCCGGAAUUGACACGUUUUGCUUUAGAGAAUAUUAGACUUCUUGAACAGCUGCAAACAUUUCAAAAAUAUUAUGAGCAAGGAGAGCGAGAAACAUUGCUGGGUGAAAUUUCGGAACUGCAGGACCAGCUUCAUGAAGUUCUUGAAGGAAAGAAUAGAUUAUCCUCUAGAUAUGAGAAUCAGAAUGGGAACACUGUGAAGGAGUUGGAAGAUUGCAGGAACAUGAAUUCAAAAUUGAUGAGGGAAGUAGAAGAGUUACAAGUGGAACUGAGAAAAUACUUGAACUGUAGUCAUGUAGAAUUUGAUUCUGUUACUGAUUCACCAUCCAAGGAUCAUGGUGAACGUAGGCAAGCGGACAAAUAUUCAUUGGUUGAUACCAUAUCAGCCCAUAGUGACUCUGGAGAUGAGAUAGCAUCCUAUUCCCAAAAUAAUGAUCUGGGUUUAGAGAACCAAAAUCAGCAGAAUACAAGUGUUGCUUCAGUUGUGCAGCAUAGGGCCACUCAAGAGUUGAUGGUUGCAAGAUUGUUAAUUAAGGAAAGGGAAACUGAGCACAUGCAUCUACUCAAAGAGCUGCAACAUCUCCAGGAAGAGAACAGAAGGUACAUGGGAAUCAUUAGCAAUGAAGACAAGCUGGAAAGUGAAUCUGUUCAUAAACUUAAAAUUCAUUGCCUUGAGCAAGAUCAAUUAGCAUCUAAAAAGGAAGGCCUGGUCAUUAAGAGUGAAAUCAUUGAUGCAAAGGAUUUACGUGACAAGUUGGAUAGAUUAACUAAGGACCUGGAGAAAGCCAAAUUACUUAACUGUCAAUAUCAACAGGUUCAAGCAUCACAGUUAUCUUGCCAGCAUGAAGCUGAUUUAGUCCGUGAACAGGUUGAAAUGGAAACAGCUAGGACAAUCCUUCAAUUGCAGGAAGAGGUUGUUGCGCUUCAGUUAGAAUUUGAUGAGAAACUAGCUUCCAUUACUCAAGAAAAUACGAGGCUAAGAGAUACAAUCACAGCUAAAGAGGAAGAAAUAAAGUCAAUUUGUAUUGAUUGGGAAAGGGCAACUUUAGAACUCACUAGCUUCCUUCUAGAUGGUUCUAAAUCCCUCAAAGGUGCCUCUCGGCUGGUAGAAAACAUUGCUUGUUUGUUUCCUCAAAUUAAUGUUUGGGUUGGUGAAAAUGUUGAGAGGGCUGCAAGAGUUUGCAUUGAAAAAGAAGAACGAAUUCUACUUCUGCAGAGAAGCUUGGAAGACGCACAGAGAAUGAUAGUGGAAAUGGAGAUGAAGUUAAGUUCCUUGAAGGGAGCAACAAUUGCUUUUAAUGAAUUUAAGGAAUCAGAUGUUGAUGUGAAAGCAGAUGAGGUAGCUAGUUCAAGAAUCUUUCCCAAUGAUGAGACAGAUUUGGAAGUUCUGGCAAAUGAACUCAAACAUAAGGAGGAUCAGCUUAUCCUAGCAGAAAAACGAGCUAAUGCUGCUUUCUUUAUUGCAAAAUGGCUUGUAGAUUGCAACAAGGUUCCUUGUAGAGAUCAUGCUGAGAUGGACAUCCCAGACUUAAACCUAACCACUUCUGAGGGAAUGCAAAGUGAUGUAAUGGAUGGGAUGAUGGCUCAUAUGAAGUUUCUGACAACAGAUAAUCUUAAGGCCCAAGUGGAGUUGGCAAAGUUAGUAAUACUAGAGUCUAAGAAUGUUAUCAAUACAUUUUAUGAAGAUGCAGAGGUCCAUUUAUCUGCCUUCCAAACAGACAUUCUCGAAGCCUCUUCAGUUUACAAGGUUUUUCUUCAGGAUCUGCUGAGAGAAGUUCUUGAAACGAGGAGUAAAAUUUUUGAACUAAAAGAGAACUGUAAACGUUUUCAGACUUCUAGAAUCAAAAUGCAAUCAGUGGAGGCAGCUAAGUCUUUGAAGUGUCACCUUCUGCAUCAAAUAAAAGAUGAAAUUGUUGAGGCAAAUCAAAGUCUUAAAUCAAUUAAAGAUUGCAUUAAAACAAAAGCUAGUAUGCAUGCCCACCUGCCAAAUGGUGAAGACGUGAUUGAAAAGUACAGUUGGAGUUCUAUUUCAACUUCAAGCUCUGAUUAUUCAACUGAAAGUAUUGCUUCUGAAAAUGAUUUGAUUGGAUCACACUGCUCCAUGAAGGCAACUGAGGUGGUGCAUGAUACAAAAUCUGAAGAAGUCUCACCUGAAUCUGAUUCAGGACCCUCAGAAAGUUCAGGAACAUUUGGCCUAAGAAAUGAGUUGUGGAAUGCAUUGGGUGUUUUCCAGAAAUUAUACGUUUUGUUAACCACAAUCCUUAAUGAGAGAGAUAUUGGAGAACAUUCGCAUACUGAAGAGCUUCCUUCUUUGGGGUUGACAAUGGAGAUUGAUAAAGCAGAAUCCCAGAAUACUAUAGAGGAACUUUCUGAUGAGACCAGUCCUGCCAAACGUGUUUUUAAAAAAUUCGAGGAGGCCCACGCAACCAUGAAGGAAGCUGAUUAUACAUUAAAUGCAUUGAUGAAAGAAAAUGAAAACGCACAAGUUUUGAAUACUAUGUGGAGGCAAGCAAGUGAAGAAAUGAUGGUAGAUAAAUCAAACUUGAUCGAUGAACUUGAAAAGCUCAGGUAUUCAAUAAGCUUGAAAGAAAGAGAGAAUGAAUUGCUGCAGGAUCAAAUACGUUGUACUCUGAUUGAAACAGCCGAAUCAAUAUCUUUGCUUGAAGGGUGUUUCCAACAAAUGCAACGACAAACUGAGGAUAAGUUUAAGGUUUUAUACUCUGAUGUCUUAUCUAUUAGUCAGGAGGUGCUCUUCACUAUUUGCAACUCAAGAUCAUCACUAGAAAAUAUUUGCUUUGAGAUGAUACAGAAAGAAUUUUCAUUAUUUGUUUUGUAUCACUGCCAUUUUGGAGACUUCAUCCACAAAACUUUAAGUUUCAGCAGCGAAUUAUGUUCUCGUCCAUUGCACAGACCAGAACUCCACUCUGUUGCAAAUACUUCUAUAAGGAUUCACUCCAUCAGUCAAGGUGAAAAUGAGGUUUAUCAUAAGAAAAGUACAGUGGGUGAGGAUGAAAGCAAGCAACUCAAACAUUUAGAAGAUGGAGGCCAAGAUCUCUCACAUGAUGAUUUGAUAGAUGAAAAUUUCUCUCUGAAGAAAGAAUUGAAAAGGAAAGAAGUUUUGUUGGAGGGUUUACUUUUUGAUCUUCACUUGUUGCAAGAAGCAACUUCCGAUAACCAGGAAAUCAAAGAUGAAAGUGAAAAGCUGACUGUGGGUUUGAAGCAAGUUUGCCAUGAACUAGAGAUGAAAGCAAAUCAAGUUGAUGACUUGUUAAUUCAGCACAGGAAACUUGAAAAUCGUCUAAGUGAUGCUGAAAAUGCUCUGUUAAUAUCAAAUUCCAAUCUGGAGCAGGCUAAAGAAAAAAUAAAUUCUCUCUUAGAUGAAAAUGAUGAGAUGAGAAUUCUUUUAAAAGACCUCUAUCACAAGAAAGCCAAGGCUGAAGAAGGACUGGAAGAACAGAAGGAGGUGGUGAAAGGAUUGGAAAAAGAAAUUCUUAAUUUGAAUUAUUCAUUGGAAAAAGAUUUACUGUCAGUGGUUGAAGGCAUUGAAGAGGACUUAAGAAAGGUCACUAGUGAGAGAGAUGAGCUCUGUGAAGAAAGUUUCUGUCUAAAUGAUCAGCUUGAGAUGGUCCGUGCGAUGGCUGAUGAAAAUGAAGCCAUUGCAGUUGAAGCUCGCCAGGCGUCAGAAGCAAGUAAAAUAUAUGCUGAACAAAAGGAGGAGGAGGUCAAGAUUCUUGAGCAUUCUGUUGAGGAACUUGAAUCUACUGUAAAUGUCUUGGAGAAAAAGGUUUAUGAAUUGGAUGAGGAGGUAGAGAGACAUCGGUUCAUCAGAAUUUCAUUAGAGCAUGAACUCCAAUUUCUUCGAGAUAGAUUGUCAAAAGUAGAUAACUUCGUAGACACGCAUUCAGUCAACUCAAAUGCUGAACAAACUGAAGAUCAUUUUUCUAGGCAAAUGCACAAUAGAUUGCUACUGCUCCAUGAGGCACGUGAUCAAAUAAGGAUCCUAGAGAGGGAAAGAGAAGAGCUGAGGGUGGAGAUCAAACAAUGCAAAGAGUACAUCUCGGAACUUGUACUACAUUCUGAAGCCCAAGCAUUUCAGUACCAGCAGAAGUACAAAACCUUGGAGGCCAUGAUUCAUGAAAUAAAAACAGAUUUGCCUACUUCAACCUCUACGGUAUCAACAUUGGACAAAAAUGAGAAGACCUCAACAAGAAGCAGGGGUUCAAGCUCACCAUUCCGGUGCAUUUCAAGUUUGGUACAACAAAUGAGUUCAGAGAAGGAUCAAGAAUUGUCAAAUGCCCGGCUUCGUAUAGAGGAACUGGAAGCAUUGUCAGCUAGUCGACAGAAAGAGAUAUAUAUGCUAAACACUAGGCUAGCUGCAGCAGAAAGCAUGACCCAUGAUGUCAUCAGGGAUUUACUUGGCGUCAAAUUGGACAUGACUAAUUAUGCUAACUUAAUAGACCAACAACAGGUUCAAGACCUUUUGAAGGAGGCCAAUCGGCAAGCAGAAGAGUUCCUUGCAAAGGAGCAAGAAAUUCUCAAAUUAAGAAAGCAGGUUACUGAUUUCAUGGAGGAAAAAGAGAGUUGCUUGUGUGAAAUAAAUAAGAAAGAUGCAGAUAUACUCACUGCACAAGUGGCAUUAGAGCAGAUGCAACAGCGAGAUCAGUUGCUUUCUGCACAGAAUGAAAUGUUAAAGAUGGAUAAGAGCAAUCUGAUAAAGAGGGUUGCGGAACUCGAUGAGUUGAUAAAAACAUAUGAAGGAACAACAUCAAGUAAAGAGAAGCACAUAAGGCAGAUUAAGGAGAAUGGAGGUGUGAAUAUGGGGAGAAGGCUUGUUUCUCAAGUCGGUAGAAGCAGUAGUACCGGCCGUGUUCAACUGCACGGCGGGCAAGGGUUCGAAGCUAAAUACAGUUAAGUUUGUUGGUAUUAUGAGAUGAUUAUGAUCAAGAAUUGAAUUGGUGGAGAGUUGCAUUGUGUUCAUUCUUUCUAUCCUUGGAAAUCCAGGGAGAGAGCGAUUUGUGUAAAGUGAGUGAAGCCUCUGAUUUAUUAUUGUGUAAAUAAAUUUUACUU